AUAAUGCUUUCUGUUUUCUACCAGGCCCCGCCUGCCAUUGGCCAAAGCCGGUCAUGUGACCAGGAAUUGGCUGCAAUUUCGCCCCAGUCUCCAGUUUAAUAGAGCAAGGUCCCCAUACGCCUGUAUUAUCAGCAAUAUAACAAUUAUAAAAAGCCUGAGAAUCAUAAUCAUCGUAAUAAUAAUAACAAUCGAGGCCCUCAGAUUUCCUCCCUCCUCCUUCGCCUCUUCCCCUCCCUUCUACCCUGGGCCCUGGAAAAGCCAUGAAUUUUGAAUUUGAGAGGGAGAUCGGGUUUAUAAAUAGCCAGCCUUCGCUCGCAGAGUGCCUGACGUCCCUUCCCGCUGUCCUGGAGACAUUUCAAACUUCAUCAAUCAAGGAGUCGACAUUAAUUCCUCCUCCUUUUGAGCAAACCAUCCUCAGCCUGAAUCCUUGUUCCAGCAGCCAGCCGAGACCAAGAAGCCAAAAAAGAGCAACCCAUGGCCUGGCCCAUCAGCCCCCAAUCCAUCCCGGCCCUUUGGCUGCAGAAUUCCCCUGGAUGAAAGAGAAGAAAUCCACCAAGAAAGCUACCCAGGCUCCAGCCUCCUCUUCCUCUUCGCCAACCUCCUCCUCGGUUCCAGGAUCUGCUGCUGGAUCUCCUGCAGACACCCAGGGGCUCUCGGACGGCGGGUCGAGGAGGCUCCGCACGGCUUACACCAACACGCAGCUGCUGGAGCUGGAGAAGGAGUUCCACUUCAACAAGUACCUCUGCAGGCCGCGGCGGGUGGAGAUCGCGGCUCUGCUGGACCUCACCGAGCGCCAGGUCAAGGUGUGGUUCCAGAACCGACGCAUGAAGCACAAGAGACAGACGCAGCACAAGGAGCCGCCCGACGGCGACCCCGGCUACCCCGGCCCGGACGAGGGCAGCGACCCGGCGGACGAGGCAGAGGACAGCCCGGCCUUCGGCCGCGGCCCGGAGCCCCCCUGCGCCUUCCCAGCCAAGCAGCCGGCGUGCAAAGGGCCGCCCGGCGCCGGGGAGCCGCCGGCCCGCAGCCCCGGCUACCCCGCUCCCCCCGCCGAGGAGCAGAGCGGCGACCCAGACAAUGCCUUCGCCGAGAGCCAGGAGUCGCCUUUGUUGCCAGAUCUGAGCCUCUUCUCGGCAGAUUCCUGCCUUCACAUCUCAGAGGGGCUUUCCCCCAGCCUGCAGGGCUCCCUGGAGAGCCCCGUCCACUUCUCCGAGGAAGACCUGGACUUCUUUACCAGCACGCUUUGUACUAUAGAUCUGCAGCAUUUGAAUUUCCAAUAGCAGCCUGGGCUCCCUCUGCCCCGGCUGGAUCGCACCCCCCCCCCCC